GUAAACAACUUUACCAAACGUAAAACUAGCUCACUGUGGUUAGCCACGUCAUGUAAACUUAGCAGUGGAACAGUGGAGAUAUAAAGACAGAAAGAAGUCGGAGUUUAUAGGGGAGAGUUGGACAAUUCCAAAAGAGGGACUUCUAUUUCAGGUUCAUAGCUUGGCAGUAAUCCUAUGGAAAGAUGUCGGAUAUUUCGGACUGGUUCAACAGUGUCCCUUUCAUCACCCGGUCCUGGUUUGCUGCAUCGCUUGGAUUGUCCCUCACUGCAAAACUGGGAUUGAUUAAUUUCAGGAACCUCAUACUGUUUCCGGAGCUGAUCAUAAACAAAUUUCACAUCUGGAGACCGUUGACGGCCACCUUUUAUUUCCCCACUGGAUUCCAGUACCUGGUCAACCUGUAUUUCCUCUAUCACUACUCCACUCGGCUGGAGACAGGCGCGUUUGAUGGCAAACCUGCAGACUACAUCUUCAUGCUCCUCUUCAACUGGAUCUGCAUUGUCAUAAUUGGGAUUCUGAUGAACAUGCAGCUGCUGAUGAUCCCGCUGGUCAUGUCCGUGUUGUACGUCUGGGCUCAGUUUAACAAAGAGAAGAUCGUGUCCUUCUGGUUCGGGACGCAGUUCAAGGCCUAUUAUCUACCUUGGGUCAUCCUGAUCUUCAACUUUUUCAUCGGAGGCUCCUUUGUGGAUGAACUGACAGGAAACCUGGUGGGCCACCUCUACUUCUUCCUCAUGUUUAAAUACCCCAUGGACCUGGGGGGACGCAACUUCCUCUCCACACCAGAGAUCCUGUAUCGAUUCUUCCCUAGCAGAAGAGGAGGGGUGUCAGGCUUCGGAGCCCCUCCGCCGAGGAGGCCGGCCGCCGAGGGGCCGGCGGGAGGAAUGGGAGGAGGAGGAGGAGGAGGAGGAGGACGCCACAACUGGGGACAAGGCUUCCGCCUCGGGGGUGAAUGAGAGAGAACCACAUCGCCCCCACCCCCCUCAUGUCCCACUUACAAAAUGGCGCGACAGUUAAAAUUCUUGCUUUCCCACGUUUUUUGUCCUGUUUGAACCUCGACUUCUCUAAUUUAAUUUCGCAUUUAAGUUUUAAAAGACACAGCAGGAGAAAAUAUGUGGAAAAUGUGUAUUUUAACCGAUAGUGCCCUAUACAGCAGGACUCGGACUCUGGCCUUAGGCUCAAAAAGUAAAGCCAGCUCAUCUAAUACUACUACUGUGGAUGUGUCCAUGUGAAGCAGAUAGAUUGUUAUUAUUUCUUUUUUUUUUUGUGAUGAUUUUUGAGCCCCCCCCACCCCUUCCUUCCUUCCCAUUUUCCUUCGUUUGGUCCCUCCUCUGCCUUUUCUUCCUCGCCACCCCGCCAUUGGACUGUCAAGACGAGAGAUGUUGCAGCUGCACACCAGCACCCUGUUGAUUUUGAGUCUUGUGUUCCUCCCUCUCUGUGAUGCCAUAUCAGAUUACAUUGUAAUUACCAACGCACUGGGACGGUGCUCUCAGCCAUCCCUCGGCAGAACGCGGGCAGAGCUGUUUAGAGAUCUCCAUUUUCCAUGUCUGAAUUCACAUGGGUGUGAAAUGGGGUUUUUUUGAGCCCCUGUGGCACAGAUCUGAUGUUUUAUCUGUCAUGCAACUUGAUUUGGGCCAUAAUGAGGUAAAGAUGGCUCUUUUUUUUUUUUUUUGUAAAUAUAACAAUUGUUUAUUGAAAGAAUGAACGAGUCUGAGCGUAAUUUAUCGCACCGUCUUUGUUUCCUCAAUUCAACGCCAACGUUUAGAUGAAACAAAGAAAAAAAAACUCACCGAAUGCCGCUGGAAAUAAAAAGGUUGAAAUUGUGCGAUUCAGGUGUAAACUGGCGGCGCCGUCGGUGGAGUAGAGUUUCUAACAUCUCUGGAACACUUUCAAGGUACAUUUUCAGUAAUUAUUAUAAUGGCUUCGAACAACGUUUUUGACCUCCACGGUUCAUUAGUGGAAGAGGCCUGAAGAGACUUAUUUAAAUGCUGGAUGCGAAUCAUUUCUGGACACAAGACAAAAAAACUGAACAAAAAAAAAAAAAAAAGGCGAAAAAUUCUUGUGUUUUCAGGAGAUGUUGCGUUUCAAUAUCAUUCUUCAUGUGGGAAAGUCCUACGCUCAGAUUGUGUGCAACAUUAAUCAUUUAUGGAGGCUUGUUAUCAUUCUAAUAAAAACAUAUUUGGAUAGCCA